CCUCCCUCAAGUACCGUUUCGGUUUAACCUAGUGUGUGACUGUGAGUCUGUGAGGGAACGAGUGAGUGUGUGAGGUAUUGAGGUGAGGCCGGAGGCAAGAAAAGGGGCUCCUUCAGAAGCGAGGGACAAAGGGGACGUGAGGCACCAAAGCCGCGGGACCCCAGCGACCGGAAGCCGCCCCGAGCCGGGCUACCGGGUAGGGGAAGGGCCGGCGCAGUCCUCACCGGGCCCCAGACCCGGAGUCGGCCCCACAGCCCCGGGCCGUCGGCUUCCUACUUCCUCGACCUUCCCGGCCUCCGGGCCUGAAGAUUGGCUCCGCGGGGGGAGGAGGGCAAACAGACUUGAGCAGCUGUCCGUUGUCUCGCAACUCUACUGCUGAGGAACUCUAAUUUCUUCCCUGGCUCCUUCACCCCCUACCUCAUGUAGGAGGGUGCUGAGAAGUCGGGAGGGAGGAGGAGCCUGCGCUACCGUCCCUUCCCUCCCCACCCCCCUCUAGGGGCGCUUUGGUAGGCGUGGGGUUGGGGUUGGGGGGGAGGGUGGGGGUUACUUUUUGGAGUGCUGGGGAACUUUUUCCCCUUUUUGAGGCCAGGGGAAAGGGAAUGCCCAAUCCAGAGAGACAUGGGGGCAAGAAGGACGGGAGUGGAGGAGCUUCUGGAACUUUGCAGCCGUCGUCGGGAGGUGGCAGCUCCAACAGCAGAGAGCGUCAUCGCUUGGUGUCGAAGCACAAGCGGCACAAGUCCAAGCACUCCAAAGACAUGGGGUUGGUGACCUCCGAAGCAGCACCUGUGGGUACAGUUAUCAAACCUUUGGUGGAGUAUGAUGACAUCAGCUCUGAUUCAGAUACCUUCUCUGACGACAUGGCCUUCAAACUAGACAGGAGGGAGAAUGAGGAACGUCGAGGAACUGAUCGGAGUGACCGCCUGCACAAACAUCGUCACCACCAGCACAGACGUUCCCGGGACUUACUAAAAACUAAACAGACAGAAAAAGAAAAAAACCAGGAAGUUUCCAGCAAGUCGGGAUCGAUGAAGGACCGGAUAUCAGGAAGUUCAAAGCGUUCAACUGAGGAGAACGAUGACUAUGGGAAGGCACAGAUCUCCAAAAGCAGUAGCAACAAGGAAUCCAGGUCAUCCAAACUCCACAAGGAGAAAGCCCGGAAAGAACGGGAGUUGAAAUCUGGGCACAAAGACCGGAGUAAAAGUCAUCGGAAAAGGGAAACACCCAAAAGUUACAAAACAGUGGACAGCCCAAAACGGAGAUCCAGGAGUCCCCACAGGAAAUGGUCUGACAGCCCCAAGCAAGAUGAUAGCCCCUCAGGAGCUUCUUAUGGCCAAGAUUAUGACCUUAGUCCCCCAAGAUCUCAUACCUCCAGCAAUUAUGACUCCUACAAGAAAAGUCCUGGAAGUACCUCAAGAAGGCAGUCAAUUAGCCCACCUUACAAGGAGCCUUCCGCCUACCAGUCCAGCACCCGGUCACCCAGUCCCUACAGUAGACGACAGAGGUCUGUGAGUCCCUAUAGCCGGAGACGGUCAUCCAGCUAUGAAAGGAGUGGCUCUUACAGUGGGAGAUCACCUAGUCCCUAUGGUCGAAGGCGGUCCAGCAGCCCUUUCACAAGCAAACGGUCUCUGAGCCGGAGUCCACUCCCCAGGAAAUCCAUGAAGUCAAGAAGUAGAAGUCCCGCAUAUUCAAGACACUCAUCUUCUCAUAGUAAAAAGAAGAGAUCCGGGUCACGCAGUCGACAUUCCAGUAUCUCACCCGUCAGGCUUCCUUUGAACUCCAGCUUGGGAGCUGAACUCAGUAGGAAAAAGAAGGAAAGAGCAGCUGCUGCUGCUGCAGCAAAAAUGGAUGGAAAGGAAUCCAAGGGUUCACCUAUAUUUUUGCCUAAGAAAGAGAACAGUUCAUUAGAGGCUAAGGAUUCAGGUUUAGAGUCUAAAAAGUUACCCAGAGGUAUAAAAUUGGAAAAAUCUGCCCCAGAUACUGAACUGGUGAAUGUAACGCAUCUAAACACAGAGGCCAAAAAUUCUUUAGAUACAGGGAAAGUAAAGUUGGAUGAGAACUCUGAGAAGCAUCCUGUUCUUAAAGAUUUGAAAGCACAGGGAACAAGAGACUCUAAACCCAUAGCAUUGAAAGAGGAGAUUGUUACUCCCAAAGAGACAGAGACAUCAGAAAAGGAGAUCCCUCCACCUCUCCCCACAGUUACUUCUCCACCUCCUUUACCAACUACUACCCCUCCACCUCAGACACCUCCUUUGCCACCUUUGCCUCCACUACCAGCUGUUCCACAGCAACCACCUCUGCCUCCUCCCCAACCAGCAUUUAGUCAGGUUCCUGCUUCUAGUACUUCAGCUUUGCCCCCUUCUACUCAUCCAAGGACAUCUACUCUGUUCUCUCAGGCAAAUUCUCAGCCCUCUGUACAGGUUUCUGUGAAGACUCAAGUAUCUGUAACAGCUGCUAUUCCACACCUAAAAACAUCAACGUUGCCUCCUCUGCCCCUCCCACCCUUACUACUUGGAGACGAUGACAUGGAUAGUCCAAAAGAAACUCUACCUUCAAAACCUGUGAAGAAAGAGAAGGAACAAAGGACACGUCACUUGCUCACAGACCUCCCUCUUCCUCCAGAGCUCCCUGGUGGAGAUCCAUCUCCCCCAGACUCGCCAGAACCAAAGGCAAUCACACCACCUCAGCAACCAUAUAAAAAAAGACCAAAAAUUUGUUGUCCUCGUUAUGGAGAAAGAAGACAAACAGAAAGUGACUGGGGGAAACGCUGUGUGGACAAGUUUGACAUUAUUGGAAUUAUUGGAGAGGGAACCUAUGGCCAAGUAUAUAAAGCCAAGGACAAAGACACGGGAGAGCUAGUCGCCCUGAAGAAGGUGAGACUAGACAAUGAAAAAGAGGGCUUCCCAAUCACAGCCAUUCGUGAGAUCAAAAUCCUUCGUCAGCUAAUCCACCAAAGUGUUGUUAACAUGAAGGAAAUUGUCACAGAUAAACAAGAUGCACUGGAUUUCAAGAAGGACAAAGGUGCCUUUUACCUUGUAUUUGAGUAUAUGGACCACGACUUAAUGGGACUGCUAGAAUCUGGUUUGGUGCACUUCUCUGAAGACCAUAUCAAGUCAUUCAUGAAACAGCUAAUGGAAGGAUUGGAUUACUGUCACAAAAAGAAUUUCCUGCAUCGGGAUAUUAAGUGUUCUAACAUUUUGCUGAACAACAGUGGGCAAAUCAAACUAGCAGAUUUUGGACUUGCUCGACUCUAUAACUCUGAAGAGAGUCGCCCUUAUACAAACAAAGUCAUUACUCUGUGGUACCGACCUCCAGAACUUCUGCUAGGAGAAGAGCGUUACACACCAGCCAUAGAUGUUUGGAGCUGUGGAUGCAUCCUUGGGGAACUGUUCACAAAGAAGCCUAUUUUUCAAGCCAAUCUGGAACUGGCUCAGCUAGAACUGAUCAGUCGACUCUGUGGUAGCCCUUGUCCAGCUGUGUGGCCUGAUGUUAUCAAGCUGCCAUACUUCAAUACCAUGAAACCGAAGAAGCAAUAUAGAAGGCGUCUACGAGAAGAAUUCUCUUUCAUUCCUUCAGCAGCACUUGAUUUACUGGACCACAUGCUGACGCUAGAUCCUAGCAAACGCUGUACAGCUGAGCAGACCCUACAGAGUGACUUCCUUAAAGAUGUCGACCUCAGCAAAAUGGACCCUCCAGACCUCCCCCACUGGCAGGAUUGCCAUGAAUUAUGGAGUAAGAAACGGCGACGGCAACGACAAAGUGGUAUUGUGGUAGAAGAGCCACCUCCCCCCAAAGCCUCUCGAAAAGAAACUACCUCAGGGACAAGUGCUGAGCCUGUGAAGAACAGCAGCCCAGCACCACCUCCGCCUGCUCCUGGCAAAGUGGAGCCUGGGGCUGGGGAUGCAAUAGGCCUCGGUGACAUUACACAGCAAUUGAAUCAAAGUGAAUUGGCAGUGUUAUUAAACCUGCUGCAGAGCCAAACCGACCUGAGCAUCCCUCAAAUGGUACAGCUGCUUAAUAUCCACUCCAACCCUGAGAUACAGCAGCAGCUGGAGGCCCUGAACCAAUCCAUCAGUGCCCUAACGGAAGCCACUUCCCAACAGCAGGACUCAGAGCCCAUGGGCCCAGAGGAGUCUUUGAAGGAGGCACCCACUGCUUCAGUGGUCCAGCUUUCAGCAGAACAGACUACCCCUGAAGCUUCAAGCACACCAGCUGACAUGCAGAAUAUGUUGGCAGUUCUCUUGAGUCAGCUGAUGAAAACCCAGGAGCCAGCAGGCAGCCUGGAGGAAAACAACAGUGACAAGAACAGUGGGCCACAGGGGCCCCGAAGAACUCCCACAAUGCCACAGGAGGAGGCAGCAGCAUGUCCUCCUCACAUUCUUCCACCAGAGAAGAGGCCCCCUGAGCCCCCUGGACCUCCACCGCCGCCACCUCCACCCCCUCUGGUUGAAGGCGAUCUUUCCAGCGCCCCCCAGGAGUUGAACCCAGCCGUGACAGCCGCCUUGCUGCAACUUUUAUCCCAGCCUGAAGCAGAGCCUUCUGGCCACCUGCCACAUGAGCACCAGGCCUUGAGACCAGUGGAAUACUCCACCCGACCCCAUCCCAACAGGACUUACGGAAACACUGAUGGGCCUGAAACAGGGUUCAGUGCCACUGACACUGAUGAACGCAACUCUGGUCCUGCCUUGACAGAAUCCUUGGCCCAGACCCUGGUGAAGAACAGGACCUUCUCAGGCUCUGUGAGCCACCUUGGGGAGUCCAGCAGUUACCAGGGUACAGGUUCAGUGCAGUUUCCAGGGGACCAGGACCUCCGUUUUGCCAGGGUCCCUGUAGCAUUACACUCAGUGGUCGGGCAACCAUUCCUGAAGGCUGAGGGAAGCAGCAACUCUGUGGCACAUGCAGAGACCAAACUGCAAAACUAUGGGGAGCUGGGGCCAGGAACCAGUGGUGCCAGCAGCUCAGGAGCAGGCCUUAACUGGGGGGUCCCAGCUCAGUCUUCUGCUUAUGGAAAACUCUAUCGGGGGCCUACAAGAGUCCCGCCAAGAGGGGGAAGAGGGAGAGGAGUUCCUUACUAACCCAGAGACUUCAGUGUCCUGAAAGAUUCCUUCCCUAUCAUCUUCCAUCCAGUUCUCUCAACCUUUAAUGAAAUCAUUUGCCAGAGCGAGAUGGCAGCAGCAGAAGAAAGGAUGGCCCCUGAGGAAUUUGAUGAUGUCCAUCAGUCACCUGGUAUCUGGAGCCCUGAGAAAUUUCAGUGUCUUUCACAGACUCAAGCCAGGUUUGAUGAGCGAUCCACCUGUCCAAAUACUGUGUGAGGAGACACCAGAAGUAGAGGCCUACAGGGCUGCUGCUCUCCAUCCUCAAUGCCCAGACAAAGCAGGUCGCCAGCCUCCAGUGCCCACCCACCCUUCUUGCUACCAGAAGAGCAAGAAUAUGCCAAGGAUGGAGGCUCCAGACUCUUCUAACCCCUGAACAUCACACCCCACCACCAAAGGGCCCUGUACCAUUUAUACUUCUGCCUUUCACCCACCAAGUCCGGAAGGAGGACAGCACAGCUAGCUAUGCCCUUUGACUUCCGGCUGCCCCUUUAAGGGAAAUGGAGAUGUAGAAAUGGAGACCCAGAGAGGGGAAAUCGGUUGAAUCCUGUCCUGGUGUUGCUUGUGUUCCAGGAUUUGGAGAGUUCCUGGGAACGAACACAGAGAGAGGGAAGAACAAGACUGAAGUGGAUGGAGCCCACCAGCAACCUACCCAUAGACCUGGGACCUGGAAAAGGAGGAACCAGCCUUUGGUUGUCUUUCAGAGGAUGAGUGGGCAAGGUCCUCCUUGGAAACGUGAAAGUUGAAUGUAUCUCUGACAAGGUCUAAGGAAAUUGAGGCCCAUGACAACGAGUGAGCUCUCUAUUCUGGAUGGUCUCUCUAGGGAAAAACUUGGUAUCCGUGCCAACUUUUUCCCCCUCCCCUCCUCCCUCUCUCUCCUCCUUCCCCUCUCCCAACUGCUGCCAGCCGGCAUCAGCACCGAAUUGCCAUCUCCUUGAGCUCUCUGUGGAGCAAUCUCAGAGAGCAGUAAGGUGUGACGCGGGGCUCUGCCGGCUUCGCAGCACCGCCUGCGGAAAGAGCGCAGGAUGGUGGAGGAAGAUUAAGAGAAAUCGCGAGCAGGCCCCGGCUGCCAUUGGUGGGAAGCUCCACGAGGACAAUGACCAUGUCUGCCUGCUCACCAGCGUGCUCCAGGGCCCAGCACAGUGCCUAGCACAAAGCAGCUGUUGGUAAAUAUUUGUUGAAUGAAUGAAUAAAUGACAAAAUGACAUCUCUCUGGCCUAAACUC